GCGCUCCGGCGUUACUGUCUUGUCGACCUUGAGGUCGUUUGUCGCUGUCGCUAUUGCCGCUCCAGAUCGACAUGCCCAAGAAACGUGAUUAGAUCCUAUCUCCCUCUAUACGUACCUCUAAACUACAAUUCUGGUCGACGAACCAAUCGGGCAUCCAGACCCAGAACGAUCCUGCGACAUGUUAAUAUUUGCUUGCCGUCUUUUUCGAAAAGUCUACUGGUCGUUAUGGCGCUUCCUCGCUCUGGUAUCGCCAGGCUGCCUAACCUCGUCGGAUCACUUGGCUCUACAGACAUAGAGCGGCAAGAUGAUCCAAAGGUUUCCCCUUCUUCAGCACGGUGCCACAAGCAGGAGCUAAAGCUGACAUGCGAUGGUGACUUCCAGGCAUUGCCUGUACCACGAUGCCCUCCUUCUCUCGAGUAUAUCCCUAUCUCAGGAUCAUGGGCGCGAAAAGAGCAUCCCCACUGGAACGAAUCGGUCUUUCAGAAGCCUGAAGAAGUUCGCGAAGGGGAAGUCUAUUACUUUUCCAAGGGAAAGUUCAUCGGCCUAGGAUCGACGGCCUUUGUUGAGCUGCUCCCUUCAGGCCACAUCAUCAAGACGCCCAAGAUGAGUCCCUACGACCUGAAUGCGGAGUGGGAAAAUCGGCAGAGCAUGCUGCGCGAGGCCUCUAUCUACCAACUACUCGGCGAUUGCCCUUCUAUCCCUCGCUUCGUUGUGUGGGACAGCGAGGCAUACACAUUGACUCUAGAAUACCAUCCCAGUGGAGAUUUAGAGCACUACAUUCGGCAGCGCCGCAAAUGUCCCGACUCUGACUGUGAUGAUCAAGUCAGCCUUCGAAGCCUUCGACGGAAGUGGGCAUUUCAAGCAGCACAGGCUCUUGCGGCUGUUCAUGGUGCAGGGGUGACGCAUCGAGAUGUUGCACCGCGUAAUUACAUAUUGACUCAAGAGUUGGACUUGCGGAUUUGUGAUUUUGCUGGAAGCUCGACGAUGGACAGUGCCGUGACUAAGCAUGCACCAGGACCGGGUUUCCAGCGUCAACCAUGGGGACCAGCUUACGUCGUGACCCAAGCGGAUGACAUAUUUGGGCUUGGGUCCGUCAUCUAUUACAUCAUGACGGAUGAAGAGCCCUAUCAUGGCCUUGAUGUCGACGAGGUAGACCGUCGUUUUUGGCGCCAAGAAUUCCCGAGAGUUGACCAUCUUGAUGGCGGAAGCAUUAUCAAAGGCUGCUGGAAUGGCCUGUUCGUUACUGCAGAAGAUGCUGUAUCGGCCUUGACCGACGGGUAA